ACGCCCCGAGGUCACAGGCGGGGUCACGCGGAAGGCCAGGCAGCGCAGGGCGGAAGGAGGCUGUGUCCUCAGCCUCCUCCCUCGGUAGGCGCUUCCCAUUCUGAGCGGGAGGAAGAGCCUAGGAGAGCUCGGGGCGUGUCCAAACUGCCGCCCCGCCCAGCUCCGCCCCGCGCUUGUGUUCCUCUCUCCGCUUAGCCUUCCAUUUGGAUUCCUGGAAAGGUUACCGGACCUGCGGUUGGGGUUCGGACCAAAGUCGAGUCCUCGAAAGGGAACCUGGAGAGCGGCGGUGCUGGGAGGCCCGGCCAGCUCAAUCUCAGGCUUCUGCCUGACGGCCGAUGCUUGUUUGCUACUGAUGGGUGUGAGCAAGUUAGAUAUUCUAUACCGGAGACUUCUGCUAACAAAACUUUUUAUCAGAGGAUGGGGAAGGCCAGAAGAUCUCAAAAGACUCUUUGAAUUCAGAAAGAUGAUUGGAAAUCGAGAGAGAUGCCAGAAUCUGGUUUCAAGCGAUUAUCCAGUACACAUUGAUAAGAUUGAAGAGCAAUCAGAUUGUAAGAUCUUAGAUGGACACUUUGUUUCCCCUAUGGCUCACUAUGUGCCUGAUAUCAUGCCAAUUGAAUCUGUUAUUGCAAGGUUCCAAUUUAUUGUGCCUAAAGAAUGGAGCAGCAAAUAUAGGCCUGUAUGCAUUCAUCUUGCUGGAACAGGAGAUCAUCAUUACUGGAGGCGACGAACACUAAUGGCCCGUCCUAUGAUUAAAGAAGCCCGAAUGGCUUCUUUAUUGUUAGAAAACCCUUAUUAUGGCUGCAGGAAACCCAAGGACCAAAUAAGGUCCAGCUUAAAAAAUGUGUCUGACCUUUUUGUGAUGGGAGGAGCUCUUGUUUUAGAAUCUGCAGCUCUCUUGCACUGGCUAGAGAGGGAAGGUUACGGCCCUUUAGGAAUGACUGGAAUAUCCAUGGGAGGACACAUGGCUUCCUUAGCGGUAUCCAACUGGCCUAAGCCCAUGCCAUUGAUUCCAUGCCUGUCUUGGUCCACAGCAUCUGGGGUCUUCACUACGGGUGUGUUGAGUAAAUCAAUUAAUUGGCGGGAGCUGGAAAAGCAAUAUUAUACCCAGACAGUUUAUGAAGAAGAAAUUAUUCACAUGCUUGAAUACUGUGGAACAGAUUCUUUCAAAAUGGGACAAGAGUUUGUGAAAUGCUUCACUAGCAGUACAGACAAGCUAACUAAGCUUAAUCUGGUUUCCAGAACUUUAAAUUUAGAUAUAACAAACCAAGUUGUAUCCCAAAAACCUGCUGACUGCCAUAAUUCUAGUAAAACAUCUGUCAGUGCAACAUCAGAAGGACUCUUGUUGCAAGAUACCUCUAAGAUGAAGUGCUUCAAUCAAACACUUUCAACCAACAAAAGUAGUUCCACAAGUUGCAACCCUCAGUCAUAUCACCUACUUAGUAAAGAACAAAGAAGAAACAAUCUUCGGAAAGAAUCUUUAAUAUUUAUGAAAGGUGUCAUGGAUGAAUGUACUCAUGUGGCAAAUUUCUCAGUACCAGUUGAUCCAAGCCUCAUUAUAGUCGUUCAAGCCAAAGAAGAUGCCUAUAUUCCACGAACAGGAGUUCGAAGUUUACAAGAAAUUUGGCCUGGUUGUGAGAUCCGAUACUUAGAAGGGGGUCAUAUUAGUGCUUAUCUUUUUAAACAAGGACUCUUCAGACAAGCCAUCUAUGAUGCAUUUGAACGCUUCCUCCAAAAAUACGCUAACUAAUUGGAUUAUUAUAUGUAACCAGUGUGGCCAAGAUGUUUCGUACAAAAGGAAGCUUCAUCCUCUGAUCAUGUGAAGUACAAGCAGACAGCACUAAUAUAUCUAAUCGCUAUCAAUGUGGUCUGGAAUUCAUUGUUACAGAUCCGUUAACUAUAAACUUCAAAUACAUUUGAAUAAUUUCAAGAUAAUAUUUGAAGUAAAUAAUGUUAAAGUAUUUUUAUUAUUGUUCAUUGGAAUCCCAUAUACUCAAUGUUUAGUUUGUUGUUACUAUCUAUGAAAACUAAAUUUUUAAUCAUGAAUAAUUUAUUAAAUUAACUAAAUUUAUUCAUAGAAACUCUUCUGGGUUUUAGUAAAAUUGCUAAAUCAAACCAAGAUUUUAAUAUAUCAGCAUUUACUUUGUACCCUUAUAACAUUUCACUAUUGACUUUAUUUGAAAAACAUGUUUAUUUUUUGAAUGUAUGGUGAAUUCAUAAUCUUGUGUUCAACUAAUUUUCUGCUGUGGAAAUAAAUACUUAUGAUGUAUAAAA